UUUCUCUGAAUGAUGCUGUGAUUCCAGAGAACUUCACUGAGGAAUGAGCAGAGUUGCUGUGUGGUUAAUAUAAACAGAAAGGAGGCAAACUCAAGGUCCAGACCUUUUGUGGACCCCAGCGAGCUGAUCUCUGUGUCUUUGCAAUCACCAUGGCAGCAGGGGAACAACGUUGAGGAGGAGAGAAGGGGUGUAGUUACAAACAGGGUGGUGUGUGCCGGCAGUGAGAUCGAGAGUGGAGAAAGAGGAGAAAAGAGGAGCAGAGACGAGGCUGUCAUUUUUGCUUUUGUCUUUUUGAGGUCAAACAUGUGUCUGAGGUUGGUGAUGCUAUUUCUCUGUCUCUCCCAAACACAGCUUGCUGAAGUUUGGGUUCAGCAGCAGACAGAUGAUUGGUACAGUGUGGUCCCACAGCACCACGAAGAGUCUAAUGGAGGUGACAGCAAUGCUUAUAGAACACUGAGGUCAUCUUCGGGCCACACUAGAGUAAGCAGGGCAGUUCUGGGUGGAGGACUAAGCAUCACUACCCUCCCAGACAAUAUGACACGUGUAGUGGAGGAUUCUGGCAAAUAUUACACAUGGCGCAUCUUUGGUCCAGAGGACCAACGUACUGAGAACCUGUGGAUAGACAUGAAUGAUGUCCGGCAUGGUCAAGUCAGAGUCCAUGGCAUUCUGUCAAAUUCAUACAAACAGGCUGUGCGAGUUGCCCUGUCCUUUGACUUUCCUUUUUAUGGACAUUACCUGAGGCAGAUUACCAUAGCAACCGGAGGGUUUAUCUUCACAGGGGACAUUACUCACCGUAUGCUGACUGCAACACAGUACAUCGCCCCUUUAAUGGCUAAUUUCGACCCCAGCUACUCCAAAGAAUCCACUGUGCAAUAUCUUGAUAAUGGUGAGGUCUUUGUGGUCCAGUGGGAGCAUGUCAGAAUCCCCGGCAAAGAGUCAGUAGGAGGUUUUACCUUUCAAGUUGCUCUUCACAAAACAGGAACCAUCACUUUCAGCUACAGAGACAUACCUCUGUCGGUAGACGUGAUCAGUUCAGCUGAGCACCCAGUGAAAGCUGGGUUAUCUGAUGCCUUCAUGGUCAUGUCGCCGUCUUCUCAGUCAGCAGAUCUCCCACGGCAAAUGAUCUAUGAGUACCAUCGAGUUGAGAUAGACGUUACAAAGAUUACAAACUACUCUGCUGUUGAGUUCACUCCUUUGCCUACCUGCCUUCUGCAUGACAGCUGUGAGCUCUGCCUCUCAGCCAGCCAAACCUCUGGUUGUAGUUGGUGUCACGUACUGCAGAGAUGCUCAGACGGCAUGGACAGACACAGACAAGAAUGGCUGGAUUAUGCUUGUGCAGAAGAGAGCCAAGGCGCAACAUGUGAGGAUUACUCCAGGAAUGACAACUCCACUGGGGCCUCCAUCACGCCAGAGAUCGAGGACAUUACCUUUCUGACUCCACAACAAAAGGGCUGUGACAGUGACGAUGAAUCUAAACAUCAAGUUUUCAAGACUGGUAGUGUUCCAGAUGUAAAAACUGAUUCUUCAACCAAGAGCGUUGGGUUUGCUAACACUGGCUUGAUCGCUGGCUUAGCAUCUGCCCUGGUGCUGCUCUUGGCCCUGAUACUGGUAUCUCUUUACAUCAGCUACCAUCCUUCUGCUGUAUCACCACUUUACCUCAUUCAGCGACGCAAGAGCUACUGGCCCUCCUUGAAGUUUCAAAAGCAAGAGUCUGGUUACACGGAAGUGGAAGGAGGCGGUCAUGAAAAAGACAGCAUUGUUGAAGCCGGGCCAUGUUAAAUCCAUGUGAAGGGAAUUAUGGAUCAUGCAUGUUGUGCAAAUAACUACAUUGGAAAUUGAGUUCCAAAUAAAGGAUUAAAAGUCUUUUUUAAAAACA